CUUCACUGACAAUGUCUGUGUAAGACGCGCAGUACGAGCUGUAAUAGAUGGAUGGGGACUGGGAUGAGGUUGCGCGCCUUGCGCUCCCUCCGCCGGGUCGCCAUGCCGUGCCUACGCCAGUUGCGACUAUGGCGUUCGACACCAUGCAAGAGCUGUUCUGGGUCGGCAACGAUUACGGCCGAGUCACCUCAUUUUAUAGCCCCGAGCUACAGAAACACACAUCCUUCCGAGCGCACCCUUCUGGCGAUGGGCCGGUGAGGCAGUUGCUCUUUCAUGACAAGGGCGUUAUAGCUCUCGGGACGAAGAGUGUCCAUAUGGCCACAAGGCGUGGCCUUCCAUUGUGGUAUAUAGUCCAUGACAGUAUGAAAGAUCUGCGCUGCAUGAGUUUUACUUCGAAAGGCACCAACGAAAUCAUUGUUGCUGGCCUCCAAGACCAGAUGUUUGUUAUAGAUGUCAACAAAGGGGAAAUAACAAAAGAGAUCCCAACCCCUGAUCAAUAUACGAUUAUGAAGCGGAGCCGCUAUAUCUGCGCCGCGACUACGAAAGGAGCGGUAAACAUCCUCGACCCAAUUAGUUUCAACAUCGUCAAAACUUGGAACGCCCACACGUCGAUGAUCAGCGAUUUAGAUGCGCAGCAUGACUUUAUUGUUACAUGCGGUUACUCGCUCCGCCAGGGCCAGUCGUAUAUGCUAGACCCGCUUGUCGGUGUGUUCGACCUCAAAAACCUCGUCUCCCUUCCACCCAUACCCUUUCCAGCCGGGGCAGCCUACGUCCGCAUGCAUCCAAGGAUGUCGACUACAAGCAUCGUCGUGUCGCAACUGGGCCAAAUGCACAUAGUAGACCUGAUGAACGUGAAUACUAGUAAUGUUCGUCAGGCUAAUAUACUGACCUACUUAACAAUGAUAGAGAUUGCACCUUCAGGCGAAGCAAUUGCUUUGUCUGAUGCAGAAUGCAAUGUGCACCUUUGGGGCUCGCCUUCACGGAUUCGCUUUGCUGAGCUCAGCAAUCCUGUUGAAUUUGCGGAUCCGGAAGAGGAGCAUUCACGUAUGGAUUGGGACACAGUGACGCCUAUUAACACUAUCGGAAUGCCAUAUUAUAGGGAGCAGCUUCUAUCUGCUUGGCCCACACAUAUCAUAUCUGAUGUGGGAGCACCUCCGUCAAAGAUUGAUCCACAGUUCCUUACAGGCCUCACACCUAUCGACUGGGGAGCAUACGGCCGCAACACCAAAACCACAAGACGGAACCAAAUCGGCGAUACCCGCACCCCAGAUAAGUCUACUGCCAGCCUCCAAGCACCAAAAUUCUUGAGCGAGAAAGCUCGUGAAUCUGCAAACUCCAACACGAUGGACCGUCGGAUCAGUGAUGUUGCAGAUGCACUUGGUGCAGCCGAACUUUCGAGUUUGAAAGCAGAUGUUCCUGUCAUGUAUCGUAAUGUGGAGAUCAAGUAUAGUAAAUUCGGCGUUGACGACUUUGACUUCGGAUUCUAUAACAAGACCAAAUACUCUGGUCUUGAGAUCCACAUAUCAAAUUCUUAUGCCAACCCCAUUUUGCAAGUAUUGCAUUUUACGCCGCUGAUCAGAAAUAUAACCCUGCAACACACCGCGACGUCCUGCGCCAACCCGACCUGUCUCCUAUGCGAGAUGGGCUUCCUGUUCGACAUGCUCGAAAAAGCAGAGGGGUCUAUAUGCCAGGCGACAAACCUCCUUAAAGUUCUCAGUAACCACCCCGAAGCCGCCCGCUUAGCCUUAUUGGAAGAGGAUUCUCCAGGCGCCUCUUUAACCACCAUGCUCCAGGGCCUAAAUCGCUUCCUCCUCGACCGCAUGACACAAGACUACAAGAGCAUCGCGCCGCAUUCCGACGCAUUCGGCCAGCUCCUGGCCACGCCUGCGACUACAGCGAUCCGCUGCAUGAACUGCCGCAGCGAACACACGCGCCCCGGCACGACCUUUGUGAAUGAGCUCAUCUACCCCCUCCCCAAAUCCGCAGGGCGCAACUUACGUCCGCCCAAAGUCUCCUUUUCGCAGGUCCUUAAGUCGAGCAUCGAGCGCGAGACGACGAGCCGUGGUUGGUGUAGCCGCUGCCAGCGCUAUCAGUCGCUCGCGACGCGUAGGACGAUCCACAACGUGCCGCCUGUGUUGAUUCUGAAUGCAGCCAUCCUGAGCCCGGAGGCGAAGCAGUUAUGGGGAACGCCGGGAUGGCUUCCGGAUGAGAUCGGUGUUAUUAUCGAGCAAGGCCAGUUCUUCUGUUAUGAAGGCGAGGAUCUGAAGUUGCACUUACAGAGGGGCAUGCACAAUAUUACAGUGUACUCCCUGAUUGGCGUCGCCGCCGAUGUGGAUAGUGGACAGCACCAGAAGUCGCAUCUCGUAUCUGUCGUGAAUGUGGCACACUCAAUGCCCACCGCACCCGGCGAACAUGGCUGGCACCUCUUCAACGACUUCCUCGUCCGCCCCACCAAGCGCGAGGAAGCCCUCUCCUUCAACCCCGCCUGGAAACUCCCCUCCGUCCUCACCUUCCAAAUCAAAUCCGCAAAUAACCUCAUCGACGACUCCUGGAAAAAGAACCUCGACACCUCCCUCCUCUACCAAGAGUCGGGCCCCAACCCCUCCGCCCCGUGCUCCCACACCCCCCUAAACCCCUUAACGGAACGCCCCACGCACGGCACCAUCUUAGCCCUUGACACGGAAUUCGUUUCUACUCGCCAGCCUGAGAUCGAAAUCAACAGCGAUGGCGACCGCGCCACUAUCCGGCCUAUCGUAUACGCCCUCGCCCGGGUGUCUGUCGUGCGAGGUCCUGCCCCGGCAACUGCUCUCGACGCCUCGCUGCCGCCUGCGACGCCGCUGAUUGAUGAUUAUAUCGCGAGCCGCGAGCCGAUUGUGGAUUAUUUGACUAGCUAUUCCGGAAUCCAGGCCGGGGACCUCGAUCCACGGACGAGUCCGCAUAGUCUUGUGAGUCUGAAGACUGCUUAUAAGCGUCUCUGGAUCCUCGUCAAUCUUUCCGUCACAUUCCUCGGUCACGGCCUAAAACAAGAUUUCCGCGUCGUGAACAUCCAAGUGCCCAAAGCGCAGGUGAUUGACACAGCAGAACUCUUCUUCGUCGCUGCUCGCUUGCGAAAGUUGAGCCUGGCGUUCUUGGCAUGGGUGCUGCUGAAAGAGGAUAUCCAGGUGGUGGUACACGACAGUAUUGAAGAUGCGCGCACGGCGUUACGGCUGUGGGGAAAGUGGAGGGAGUUUGUAGAAGCGGGCGUGCUAGAGGAGAUAUUGGCGGAUGUGUAUCGUGUGGGGAGAGAAUGCGGAUUUAGACCGCCUGGGAGGGGAGGCGACGUAGGGACGCCUUCGAAGAAUGGUGGUACUGGGGCGGGGACGCCGAUGAUGGGGACGCCGGCGAAAAAUGGGGGGGUGGGGAUGGGAAUGGGGACGCCGCUUAGGAAUGGGGGUUUUGGGACGGGGAUGGGGACUCCGAGUGGGAUGGGAACUCCUAGUAGGGGAUUGUGA